AUGUACUCCUUCGCCCUUACAGUUGGCGUGAGUCAGUCCCACAACAGGCAGGUCUGCAGCACGUGGGGUAACUACCACUACAAAACCUAUGAUGGGGACUUCUUCCAGCUGCCCUACACCUGUAACUACGUGUUGACUUCGCUGUGCAAAAGCAGAAGCGGCUACGAGGAGUUCAACAUUCAGCUGCAGCGUGAAGAGGUGAACGGUCAGUCCACCAUCAAGAAGAUCUCUCUGAAGCUGGAUGGGACCUUCGUGGAGCUGGCCAAGCAUUAUUUCAGCGUCAAUGGAAAACAGGUCACGUUACCAUUUGGUCAGUUUAAUAUCUUCAUGGAGAGGACCAACUCCUAUGUGAAGAUCACAGCCAAGCUGGGUUUAGUCGUUAUGUGGAACGAAGAUGACGCUCUAUCGGUGGAGUUAGACUCAAAGUUCCAGAAUCAGACCUGUGGGCUAUGUGGAGACUUCAAUGGAGUCCAGCUUUACAACGAGUUCAUUGUGAAAGGUGGUCAUCUGAAAACAAUUGACUACGGUGAGAUUUGGAAAAUGAAUGGUCCAAAAGAAACUUGCUUAGCAGCCCCUCUUAAGACUGAAAUAUGUGGAAACCAGAGGACAGCGUGUGAGGGGUUUCUCACCAGUUCAGCCUUCAGCAGGUGUAAGAACCUCAUUUCCACCGACUCCUUCAUCGAGGCCUGCAUGGCAGACAUGUGUCACUGUGGUAAAAGCAGCAACAGCAAGUCCUGCAUGUGCCAUACCAUUUCAGAGUAUUCCCGCCAGUGUGCUCACGCAGGGGGCGUGCCCCAGAAGUGGAGGACAGACCAGUUCUGCUUGAAGACGUGUCCUUUGAACAUGAAGUACCAGGAGUGUGGAAGCCCCUGUAUUGACACCUGCUCCAACCCACGGAGAAAUAAGCAUUGUGAGGAACACUGCACUGAUGGAUGCUUCUGUCCAAACGGGACUGUGUUCGAUGACAUUAAUAAGAGUGGCUGUGUAGCUGUGGACCAGUGCUCAUGUCUCCACAACGGAAUGUCUUACAAGCCUGGAGAGACAUACUCUAGAACAUGCCAAGAAUGUACCUGCAAGGGUGGCCAGUGGAACUGUGUAGGUCUGGACUGUCCAGGUACCUGCUCCAUAGAGGGAGGUUCCCACAUCACCACCUACGACGGGAAAGCCUACACCUUCCAUGGAGACUGCUCCUAUGUCCUGUCCAAGCAAACUAACGGGAGUGUUUUCACCGUCCUGGGUGACAUAGAGAAAUGUGGGACAACAGACACUGAGACCUGCCUAAGGGGUGUAACCCUGGUGAUUCCACAAUCCAAGAUGAUCAUCAUCGAGGCCAGUGGAACUAUCUAUGUAAAUAGGAUGUUAUCAAAGUUGCCACUUUUCAUGGAGAAUGUAACGAUCUUCAAGCCCUCUACGUUUUACAUCGUUGUGCAGACCUCUUAUGGGCUUCGUCUGGAGAUCCAGUUAACACCUAUAAUGCAGGUGUACAUCACAGCUUGCAGUUCCCUUAAAGGAAAAACCCAGGGUCUUUGUGGAGACUUUAACAACGUCCAAGCCGAUGACUUUAGAACCAUCAACGGACUGGUGGAAGGAACGGCUGUGACAUUUGCCAACAUGUGGAAGACCAAAGCAAGCUGCCCCGAUGUGACCCAGAGCUUUGAGAACCCAUGCUCUCUGAGUGUAGAGAAUGAGAAAUACGCCAAGCAUUGGUGCUCAAUGCUGUCAGAUCGUACAGGAAUAUUCUCUAAAUGCCACAAUGAGAUCAACCCAGAACACUACAAAACAAAUUGCAUGUAUGACAGCUGUAACUGUGAGAAGACUGAGCAGUGCAUGUGUGCAGCAAUCUCCUCCUACGUCCACGCCUGUGCUGCUGCUGGCAUCCUGCUGACAGGAUGGAGAAACACCACCUGUGGAAAGUACUCUAAAUGCCCUGGCACGAUGGUGUAUGACUACGAUAUGACCAGCUGUGGUCGCACCUGUCGCUCCCUAAGCCAAACAGACUUUUCCUGCCAGGUGGACCAUGUGCCUAUGGACGGUUGUGGCUGUCCCAAAGGAACCUACUUGAACAGCCAAGAGAAGUGUGUUUCAGCCUCACACUGCCCCUGCUACUCUGGGGGCAAGGUGGUACCCCCAGGAGAGGUCACCACGAUCAAUGGGGCUAUAUGCUCAUGUCGACAAGGGAAAUUAAGCUGUACUGGAGAAUUGCAGCCUUCAGCCUGCAAAAGUCCAAUGGUUUUCUUCAACUGCUCCAAUGCUGCCCCUGGAGCCAAAGGCUCAGAGUGCCAGAAGAGCUGCCAAACAAUAAACCAUGACUGUUUCACUAAAGAGUGCCUGUCAGGCUGUAUUUGUCCUGAUGGUCUGCUGUCUGAUGGGAAUGGAGGAUGUGUCAAGGAGGAGCUUUGUCCCUGUUCUCACAAUGGAGUCGACUACCAACCUGGGGAGACAAUUAAAGAAAUAUGCAACACCUGCACUUGCAGAGGAAGAAAAUGGCAGUGUACCAAUAACCAGUGUCCCGGGACAUGCGCCAUAUAUGGAGAUGGUCAUUACAUCACAUUCGAUAAGAAAAGGUUCAAUUUCAAUGGGGACUGUGAAUACGUUCUCACGCAGGACUACUGUUCCAACAAUCUAAACGGAACCUUUAGAGUGAUCACACAGAACAUUCCCUGUGGAACCACCGGCACAACCUGUUCCAAGGCCAUCAAGCUCUUCUUGGGGAGCAACGAGAUCGUACUAGCAGGCGAAACUGUCAAAGUUAUUCAGCAAGCGAAAACAGUAGAUGUGGACUUCAAGGUCCACACUGUUGGUCUGUACAUUGUUAUUGAGACAAAAAAGGGUCUGAUUCUAAUGUGGGAUAAGAGAACAAGCCUGUUCAUCAAACUCCACCCUAGAUUCAAGGGAAAAGUUUGUGGUCUGUGCGGUAAUUACGACGGAAAUGGGAACAAUGACUUCACGUCCAGAAACCAAGAAGUGGUAACUGAAGCUCUGAAGUUUGGGAACAGCUGGAAAGCGUCAACCGGUUGCCCUGACGCUGGUGUGGUAAAGGACCCUUGCACUUCAAAUUUACACCGGCAGUCGUGGUCUCUGAAACGCUGCAGCAUCAUCACUAGUGGAGUGUUCCAAGACUGCCACUCAAAGGUGGACCCCACCCCAUACCAUGAUGAGUGUGUCAGGGACUCGUGUGCCUGUGACACUGGGGGAGACUGUGAGUGUUUCUGUACAGCUGUAGCAGCCUACGCCCAGGCCUGUAACGAGGCGGGGACCUGCAUACGCUGGAGAACGCCAGACAUCUGCCCUCUAUUCUGUGAUUUCUACAACCCCGAUGGGGAGUGUGAGUGGCACUAUAAGCCUUGUGGUUACCCCUGUAUGAAGACCUGCCAGAAUCCAGAAGGAACAUGCUCAAAACAGAUCCCUGCUCUGGAAGGUUGCUAUCCAAAAUGCCCAUCCACCAAGCCUUAUUUGGAAGAAAGCACUAUGAAGUGUGUUAGCAAGGAGGAGUGUGGUUGCUACGAUGGAAACGGGCAUCAUUACAAUAAGGGAGAAGUGAUGCCUUCAAACAAGAACUGUUAUACAUGUCAUUGCUCACCAACUAAGGACCAUUGCAAAUAUAAUAUCCAAGCUUGCAGUUGUAUAUAUAACGGAAAAACUUUCCCAUAUGGAACAACUAUAUAUUAUGUAACUGAUGGAGAUGGCACCUGUAUUACUGCCAUGUGCAAAGAAAAUGGAACCAUUGAAAGGACGAUAGAACCCUGCAAGACCACCACAAGACCUACAACAACAUUAAUAGCGAAGACACCCACCAAUGGGCCGACCCCAACAAUAUUUUUCUCAACAUCCCCUGCCCAUACCCCAGCACAUUCCACAACAUUUAGUCCAAAAUCAACAACACAGGUCACCAAAGCCCCAACCACUAUUACUAAGACAACAACCACUAAGACUUCCCCCUGCACCACCACACCUGUUUGUGAAUGGACAGACUGGAUGGACAAUUCCUACCCCUCAAUGGAAAAGGGGGGUGAAAUUGAAUCCAUAUCUGGUGUUCAUAAUUGCAGCAAACCCGUGGAAAUAGAAUGCAGACCCAAAAUAAACAACAACAUUUAUUUUAAUGUUAAUCAUCAAAAUGUUGAAUGCAAUCCAAAUGUUGGACUGAUUUGCCACAAUAAGGAUCAAAUGCCACCAUGGUGCUACAACUAUGCAAUUAGACUCAAAUGUUGUGUUGAUGAAUGUAUUAAAAUAACAACACAAAACCCAAUUAUAGAAACCAAAAGCCCAAUGACAACUGAACAUCCAACUGUGCCGCCAUCAACCACCAAAGCAACUGAAAAACCAACAACAAUAAAAACCACAACCUUGAAGAUGACUGAACAUCCAACGACUGUAGUAUCCUCAACCCCCAAAACAACUAAACAUCCAACGACUGUAGUACCCUCAACCUUGAAGACAACGGAAAAACCAUCAACUGUACAGACCACAACCUUGAAGACAACUGUAAAACCAACAACUGCAACAACCUCAACCACCAAGACAACUGACUUUACAGUAAUCACAAAUCCCACAGCGACAGAAAGAACUGCACAAACAGAACAUCAGGUCUCAACCAUUGUGACUGAAAAUUCCACUGCACAACCCUCCACCAUCAAAACAACUGUUAAACCAACAACUGUUCGAUCCUCAACCCCCAAGACAACUAAACAUCAAACAACUGUACAGCCCACGAAGACAACUGAAAAACCAACUGUAUCGUCAUCAACCAUUAAGACAACAGAAAAAACGUCAACCACCAAGACAACUGGAAAACCAACGUCUGCACAACCCACAACACUGAAGACAACUGAAAAACCAACAACUGUAAAACCCUCAACCAUUAAGAGAACAGAAAAAACAUCAACCACCAAGACAACUGGAAAACCAACAACUGUACAACCCUCAACCAUUAAGACAACAGAAAAAACCCCACAACCUUGA